AAACACCAUGGCUGGAAGAGAAUCCGGAAGAAUCAAGGAUAUAAUUCAAAAACGUACUCUUGAUGAAGAUGCCAGAAGACGCAGGCAUAAAAAAGCACUGGAAGCUUUAGAGCAGGACAAUUUUCAUGAAGAUCCUCAUGCUGAUUUAGUUAUGAGCAAAAAGGUACCAAAAUUCCAAGAAGAUAAUAAGAAUCAAACUCGAAAGAGAAAAACGAGGUCAGCAGAAUACUUUAAAUUGAAGUUUAGAAAAAAUUUUAUGCAGCUUGUGGAAGAAGAUCUAAACUACAAUAAUGGUCCCAACUAUACGACAGCUCAAGCUCCACCAUCUUGUUACCCACAAAGACAUUUUUGUGCAGUAUGUGGGUUUCCUAGUAACUACACAUGUAUACCAUGUGGGGCAAGAUAUUGUUCCGUCAAAUGCCUGGGAACACAUCUUGACACUCGAUGUCUGAAAUGGACAGCUUAAGUUCUACCAUCUAUUACUUUUUAUAAAUUAGGUAUAGCAAACAUUUUUAUAAUGCUUACA